CGCCUGCCUUUUACGUCACGCUCCGCCUGCGUGCUGCUUCCGGGUCAGAGGUCAGGCGGCCGGGCGCAGUGUGGGUCAUGGUGCAGCUCAGGCCGCGGCCGUCCCGCGUCCCAGCGUCGGCGUCGGCGAUGGUGGACGAGGGCCAGCCCGCCUCGGAGGAGGAGGAAGAGGCGGAGCACGGCCUGUUGCUCGGGCAGCCGAGCAGCGGCGCGGCCGCCGAGCCGCUGGAGGAAGACGAGGAAGGAGACGAUGAGCUCGACGACGAGGCCCCGGAGGAGCUGACUUUCGCCAGCGCCCAGGCGGAAGCGAAAGAAGAGGAGCGGCGAGUUCGGGAGACAGUGCGCAGGGAUAAAACGCUUCUGAAAGAGAAGAGGAAGCGGCGCGAGGAGCUGUUCAUCGAACAGAAGAAAAGAAAACUCCUUCCAGAUACUAUUCUAGAGAAGUUAACUACAGCUUCACAAACUAGUGUGAAGAAAUCAUUGGGGAAGUUGAAAGAAGUUAAUGUGCAAAAGGACAAUGAAGAACGUGAGAAAGGAAGUGACUCUAAGAAAGCUAAAAAGAAAGUGCAAAAAGUACAGACUGUUGGCCAGAAUAAAAGCUACUUGGCUGUAAGGCUAAAAGACCAAGAUCUGAGAGAUUCAAGGCAAGAAGCAGCCAAAGCCUUCAUACAGAAUUGUUUAUAUGGUCCUGGAACCAACAGAACUACUGUAAACAAGUUCCUGUCUCUUGACAACAAGAGGUUACCGGUGAAAAAGGCUGCAGCCCAGUUUUUGAAUCACACUUGGGGAUCCCAGAAAAAACAAAACGCCAGGAGGUUUAAAAAACGUUGGAUGGUCAAAAAGAUGAAAACUUCUAAGAAGUAAAUCAGAGCUAAAUGAAGAACGAGUACUUUGUAUGUAUAGAAUUUAUAAUUAUUUAGUUUACAGGAUUUAAUUUUUCUGAAAAAAUUAAUAAAUCACUGACAAAUCUUUUAAAGGGU